GUGUAUGUAGUGCCUGUUGUGUAUUUAGUGCCUAUAUGAGCCCCUCUAUGUAGCUGCAGCUGUUGGGGAUGUAUCUAUAUUGACUUUCAUUGUUCUGGGGAAGAAGAUUCUAUAGGAGGCCAUACACGGAGAGAUGUUUGGCAAUGUCGCCAGACGAGCGGAUCUCUCCCCCAUAUGCCCACCUUUAACUGAGCCUUGUGUUGUGUUGCACCAACUUUCCUUCUGUACAAACUCCGCUCAUUUAGUCUGCCUCUUGUAUCACUUGUUGGUUGUUUUUGUAUGGAAUUCUGUGUGCUAAUUGUACAGACCCAUUUAUUAUACAGCUCUAAAAAAGUGGAGAAUAAUGUCGGUGCUCUGUUCGAUGCCUGCAAGAAAAACCAAGGAAAGAUCCAGCUGGUUUUGGAGAGAGAGCCACACACCCAUUACUUAAGGAAGGGCCUACGGUACCUGUCAGACUCCUAUGAGUGUCUGGAUUCCAGUCGGCCCUGGAUAUGUUAUUGGAUAGUACAUAGUAUGGCAUUGCUAGAUGAGCCCAUUCCUGAGCCGUUGGCAUCUGAUGUUUGCCAAUUCCUCACACGGUGUCAGGACCCCAAUGGUGGAUUCUGUGGAGGUCCUGGGCAACAGUCCCACCUUGCUCCCACAUUUGCAGCCGUCAAUGCCCUGUGCACUAUUGGAACAGAAGAGGCCUUUGACGUCAUUAACAGGGAAAAGCUGUUGGCGUUCUUGUGGUCACUGAAACAACCGGAUGGCUCUUUCACUAUGCACAUCGGCGGGGAAGUUGAUGUCAGAAGUGCCUACUGUGCUGCCUCUGUCGCAUCACUCACCAACAUCAUGACCUCUGAGCUGUUUGACGGCACUGCUGAAUGGAUUGCAAGGUGUCAAAACUGGGAAGGUGGCUUUGGUGGGGUCCCAGGCAUGGAAGCACAUGGUGGAUAUACAUUUUGUGGACUGGCUGCAUUGGUUAUUUUACAAAGGGUUCACCUGCUGGAUCUGAGAAGCUUACUGCGAUGGGUUACUUGCAGACAAAUGAGGUUUGAAGGUGGAUUCCAGGGUCGCUGUAAUAAGCUGGUGGACGGGUGCUACUCAUUUUGGCAAGGUGGAUUGUUGCCUCUUCUUCACAGAACUCUCCAUGCUGAAGGUGACUCUGCAAUCAGUCUAGCCAACUGGAUGUUUGAUCAGCAAGCGCUGCAAGAAUAUAUAUUACUGUGCUGCCAGUGCCCCAGUGGUGGCUUGCUUGAUAAACCUGGCAAAUCUAGAGACUUUUACCAUACUUGCUACUGUCUAAGUGGCUUAUCCAUAGCACAACAUUUUGGCAGUGGGGACAUCUUACAUGAAGUCAUAGUCGGAGUACCAGAAAACCGCUUGCAACCGACACAUCCCGUGUACAACAUUGGUCCUGAUAAAGUCGCUCGGGCAGUCGUGCACUUCAUGAAGAUGAAAGUUCCAGAGGCAACAAACUCCAGUAAAAACUAGAGGAAUAUUGGUAGAGCAAGAGAAACAAAGGAAACCCACUAGCGUCAGCCAACAUCACAAGGGCCGUACAUCCUAUGCAAUAAGGCAGCUACAGUAGCAGCAAAAAAGGUUCUAUAGUGUCUUAUAGCAUGUCCUUCUGUUGGCAGAAAGGUCGGCACAUGAGAGGUUUCCUAGGAUUUGUACUAGUAACUUAAUAAAUGCUUCACUGUGUGUAAAAGUAUUUGUAUUUGGAAGGAUGCAACACCCAAGACCCGCAGGGACUAACACGUUUACAUAUGUUUAAUACUGAAAUGACAUUUGCUUAU